UCCGGUAUUUCCGCUUUAAAUAAAAACACGUGUGAAAAGCAGGGAACAGGGGGAACAUCGAACAGAUAUUUGAAAUUGUUGAAGACAUGAGGGGAUCCCUCUUGAAUACUUGCAUUUAGUGACUACAAUCAGGGAGCCAUAUAUUUUCACUAUGGAUGACAUAGAGAAAGCCAUGGGGUUGCUGACAGAUGUGGAUAAGGGGGCCACAGCUGCCUGUCAGCAGAUCCAGUCAAUGUUAGAUAGAGCAGAGAAGGGCGAAAUCAACACUUCAAAGGGGCUGAGUUUCCUGGAGAUGAAAUACCAGAUGCUGUUGAGCUACUUAAUCAACCUGACUUACGUGAUGUUACAGAAGGCGAGGGGAAAGUCGAUACAGACUGAUCCAGCCAUCUUUAGGCUCACAGAGAUACGCACG